AUAAACGCAAAUGCUAUGCGAUAUUUUUAAAUAACUAUAACAUAUAGGGCUAGCGUAUCAAACGCUACAGUUAGAACGGUGUUUUUUUCAAGCGUGGCGUUAGGACAUUUUGUCCUAUAGUGGUUCUCUUUUUUUUGUGGAAGUGCUCAAGAAUGGGUUUAAAGGAAUUAUUAUUUGUUUUCCUGAUCAGCAGUGUAACGGGACAAAUUCACAGGGUCUGUAUAUCGACAUCAAAUCCAGUUCUCUGCCAGAGUCUAGACAAAGAUGGCAGUCGAGCUGUCUGUCAACCGGUUGAAUCAAGAAUUGACUGUGCACUACGGCUAGCUCGUAACUCAGUCGAUGUUGGAGUUUUCUCUGAGGAAGAGAUGAUGUUGCUGUCUCAGAUGCAGCCCAACGACAACAGAGUGGUGGCCACUAUUAGAGAUGUUAACAGACAAGAGCCAUACGCUUUCGAAGCAGUAGCCAUUGUACCCAACAGUCACACCGGAGGUCUGGAAGGUCUACGCGGAGGUAACUACUGUCACCCAGGCUUCGAUGAGGCGGAGGUGCGCUGGUCACCUCGUGUCUUGAAAACUUUUGAACGUGUGGUUGCCCGUACUGAUCGUUGCCCCGACGCUAAUAUGGCUGGCAAGACCGCUGAGGAAUUGGAAUUGGAAACUCUGAGCCAGUUUUUCCCCAGAGCCUGCAGGCCAGGACCUUGGAGUGCAAACACCACAGUCGAUACUAACUUAAAGGGUAGAUUCUCAUCUCUAUGUUCUCUAUGCGGAGAGAACAGCGGAUGUUCAGGGUACACUUUAGACAUGGGUGUGAACGUGGCCGGAGUCUCCAACACAAACAGACAUAUUCAGGCACUGGAAUGUCUGCGCAGGAGUGGCAAUAACAGCGUCGCUUAUGUCGCAUGGCAACACGUUAGAGAAUACUUCACUUCUCGCAACCCUCAAGACGCAGAGCAGUACUCUUUACUAUGCGAAGAUGGCACCCUUAGCCCCCUCACACCUGAUGUGCUCAGCGCCCUCACCUCGCCCUGCGCCUUCGUACGUCAGCCCUGGAGCGCCAUCGUCGCCACCUCGUCGAUAGCAUCAACAGUACAAGCCAGCAUGCGGUCCUGGUGGCCUAAUGGUGCCAACCCGGGUGGUAACAAUUGGCAGGCGAUACUAUUCAGUGGCAUUAUCGGUGGCACCAAUGCACGUGUCAUAUUUGAUGACACCUUACCCUCGCCGGCGAACUAUACCUCAGCUGUUCGCAACAUAACUAGUAUAGAUGGGACUACCAGUUGUCUGCCACCACGUCGUUGGUGCACGAUAUCUGCACAGGAGCAUACAAAAUGUACGUGGGUUCGCUCCGCCGCUUACACAUUGGGAAUCGAACCCACGGUGUCCUGUCAACAGCGCACCAACACGUUUGAAUGCCUGCAGGAUAUUAAAGAAGAACGAGCUGAUUUUAUCGCCACUCCUGCUAACUACGGAUAUAUAUCUAGACAACACUAUCAACUAUCAGCUCUCAAAUUAGUUCAGAAUACGCGCUCAGAUCCGGCCGCGUUCUCUCGCGUUGUUGCACUUAUAAAGGACUCUGCAAAGGAAGACAUCACCCGCUUCGAAAACUUGAGAAAUAAGAAAGCUUGCUUCCCGGAGUAUGGUGGAAUUGCGUACAUGGCGUUUGUGAAUGCUGCGCAAGAGCGCGGUGUUUUGAGCUCAUCAGAGUGCGAUUACGCGCGCGUUGUUGGAGAAUUUUUCAAUGGCACUUGUGCUCCCGGCGCCAUUGAUGCAACCCACGCCAUUUCUGAAUCAUCGACUUUCGACGCCACUACUCUUUGUUCAGUUUGCAAGCCAACUGUCACUAUUGCUGAAACUAACUUUACCUGCGCGUACGACUACACCAACAUGUACUACGGCAACAACGGCUCAUUGUCGUGUCUCGCCGACCCGGAGACAGAUGUCGCCUUUGUUGAGAUGCAGAACAUUAACUCGCAAUUAUCAUCACUCGGUCUCCAAGGGUCUCAAUUCCGUGCCCUAUGUCGUAACAACACUUUAGCUGUCACUAACGGCACUUUAGGCAUCGAUCAAGCCUGUCUGCUUGCUUAUGUUGUUGAUUCUGAGUUACUAGCUAGAAGAUCGGACCCCUUACUAAACAGUCUGAGCGUCCUUUUAGACAAUCUAGAUCAAUAUUUCGGCUACAACGCAGCAUCCGGCACACAACAUAUAAACUUAGAAAUGUAUUCCGCAUUCGAUGGUAUAAAUGAUUUACUUUUCAAAAACACAGCCGUCGGUUUAUCCGAACCAUCGACAGAAACCGCCAACGAACCAGCGAGGAAUUACAUAGAGUUGUUUAAGCACUUAGAUGCUUGUACCAGUGUUGCCCCACCUUCAUUAGCAAAUGCAGCGCGUAACUACUCUAUGAUAACUCUAUUCCUUUUGACAGCUCUUACGCGCGUUUUCGUAUUUUAAACUGUCAAAAGUUUUUGUAUAAUAAAAAUGUUUUUUAGUGUUUUUAAAUAGUUUUUAUAAUGUGUUAAGUUAAUAAAAUACAGAAAAACAGUUCCGUAAUAUUCCUAAUGAUUCAUUUUUUAUAGUAAUAAAAUAAAGAUUGAAUAUUACAUUGUAAGU